CGCUGGCCGCCAUUUUUUCUUCAGUUCGAUAACUUCGAAGUCGCGCGCGGAUGCAAGAUUCGGAGAUGCGCGCACUCGUACGCGCCUGUGUUGCGCGCAUCUCUUAUAAGGUUGACGACUUUUACGUGAACGCUUUUAAACAUUAGAACUCAAAGUAUUGAUUGAACCAGUCAAACUACGCCGGGGAUACAGAAAUAAAGAAAUGAAGAAACACUAUUUUUGUACACCAAGUCACAAUUACUAGUGUAGCAUCUCAUGAAAUUGUCUUUUAAGUGUGAAAGUAGAACCAUGAUGACCAAUUCUCUACUUUGGUUACUUGUUUGAAUACAAAUCAUCUCAAUACGGGACCCCCGUUUCCAGGGUAACAGCAAACUGCUCCACGCAUUCAGACCUCCAUGCUGGGGUGCCUCCGUGGAGGAAACAGGAAUGACAUUAAUCUUACUAUUACAUGUGCUACGUCAAAACUAAUGACUGUUGUCUUGUGUUGAGCAUGUAAAACAUAUGCAAAUGUACUUUUUUUUUUCUUUUUUUUUUAGGGGGAGUUACCCAACCAGUAAGCUGUCCGUAGUCUGACCGCUUCCCGGUGACGUCAGUGCGCUUUCACCGGCUCGUAAACGCGGCGGUGUGUUUACAGAGCGCCGGACACUUGAAGAUCCGGCUUACAGAGCGCAUGUGGACUGUCAGCUUGUUGGAUUACACCAUGUGGAAGACCUACCAAGCUUGUUUCCAGUAUAGACGCUCAUAUUUAAGAAGAUGACAGCUUUGGUGUUAAAUCUGAUGAGUUCGGGGACAUCUCUGAAAGCAACAUUAACUGUUUAUACAUCAGAAAUGUCUGCAACUGCAAGUCCAACCAUUCCCUCUUCUCAGAUGACAUCGGAUCAACUCACCGUGGUCGCUGCUUGUUUUUCCUCCCUGGUGUUUUUUGUUGUUAUUUUGGUGCUCCUGUCCAUCAUUUAUCGCAAAGAUCCUCAGUGCUGCAGAUUGCGCUCCUAUCAAGGCCCACAUGCUGAUAUGGACGCUCCUCCUCAGUACUACAGCAGCAGACAAACACUGAUGGGAUCAUCAUGUUUAGAGCCGACACAUUUUCUAGAUGGCAACAAUGCCGAUGAUGGAAGUCAGCUGUUCUAUGUCGGCCUACCCUCCAGCUACAGUCUGCCCUCUCUGGAGGCCCCCCUGCCAAGGCUUCCCUCCUACGAGAGUGUCCGAAAAAAGGAUCGCCAGAGGCAGAUCCACAUGAUGAUUGCAGACCGCUUUGGCCUCAAUGGGCCUAUUGAGACGGAGCCACCUCCAUCAUAUGAGGAGAGCGUUCGUCAGUCCGUGGUGCUGCCGUACAAUAUCCUCUCAUCAAGUUUGGACGCUUCUCCCACGCUGGGUGAGCACACCAACUCUGCAGCUGAUGUUCAAAGUGAGCCGCCACCUCCUCCGGUCAGCUGUGAGAGCAGCGACAAUGUUCUUCCUGUAUGACACCCACGCUUGAUGAAUGUCAACAACUGGACAAAUGUGGAUUUUAAAACCAUGAAAUGGUUUGGAACUAUUGUGUUGAUUGAAAUACCUCAAGACUGACAUCUGGUUGUCAGGAGCUGCGUAACCAAAGAAGAGCUGCACACAUUUUUGUGCAACACACACACACACACACACACACACACAAAAGACUUAAUGAUGCUGGUACAACUUGAAUGAGAUGGUGAAAUAGAGACUGCAUGAAAACUGUGAACAGAAGGAUUUGAAAUGCCAAAAAGUUUUUUUCUUUUUUCUUGGAAGGGGUCAUAAAAAUAUUGUUAUCAGUGAAA